AUUACCCCUCCGUCCUUAUCGCGAGCCUUGCGAUUUACCAGUUGUCGUGACCGUGACGCUCUAACACGCUGAGUUCUAGUAUUAGUUGGAGAGAUCCUGCCUACUCCGAGUCUGCUAUAUCCGUCACCUUGUGAUAUUCCCGAUCCUCCCGGUCUCGCCCCCCAUUCUGCUAUCCGCCGACCCCGGGAACCCGACAGCUCAACCACUGAGCUCUUCCCUUCCAACAUGGAGAUCACGGCCGAGGACCUCCCGGGCCUGCUCGAGAAUGACAAUUCGGUUAAGCUCGCCGGCGUCGACGUCGACGGCAUGCUCCGCGGCAAGCUCGUCUCCAAGAAGAAGUUCUUGUCGAUCGCCGAGACCGGCUUCGGCUUCUGUUCCGUCAUCUUCGGCUGGGACAUGCACGAUAUGACAUACUAUAAAGAGCUGAAGGUCAGCAACAAGGAGAACGGGUACAGGGACAUCAUCGCCGUGCCGGACCUCAACAGCUUCCGCCGCAUUCCCUGGGAGAACAACGUCCCCUUCUUCCUCGUCAGCUUCUUUGACCCGGACACGAUGGAACCCGUCCCGGCGUGUCCUCGAGGUCUCUUGAAGACACAGCUGGAGAAGUUCGCGACAAAGGGCUACGGGGCCAUGGCUGGAGCCGAGUACGAGUUCUACCAGUUCAAGACCCCGCGUGCACCUUCUUCCGACCGCGCCCCGUCUGCCGCGGCAUACCUCAAAGACAACACCACCCAGUCCCUCCCGUCCCUGACCGAAGGCAUGUUCGGGUACAGUCUGACACGACCGGUCCACAACCAGGACUACUACUACGACAUCUUCAACACCUGCCAAGCCUUCCGGUGCGACCUGGAAGGUUGGCACACCGAGAGCGGGCCGGGCGUGUACGAGGCCGCGCUCGAGUUCGGCGAGAUCCGGCAGAUGGCCGACCGGGCGAGCCUGUUCAAGUACGUGGUCAAGUCCGUCGCAACGCGGCACGGCAUCACGCCUUGCUUCAUGGCCAAGCCACGGCAGGGUCUCCCGGGAAACAGCGGGCAUAUGCACGUGUCCCUGGUGGACAAAGACGGCAACAACCUGCUCUACCGCGGCGAGCGGGACCCGGACCCGCCAUACGCGGACGUUGCGCACCUGUCGGACAUGGGGCGGCACUUCCUGGCCGGCAUCCUCGAGGGCCUGCCCGACGUCAUGCCGCUCGUGGCGCCCACCAUCAACAGCUACAAGCGGCUGGUCGAGAACUUCUGGGCGCCCGUGACCGUGUCGUGGGGGCUGGAGCACCGCGCCGCCUCGAUCCGGCUGAUCGCGCCGCCCACGGCCAAGCCGGGCGCCACACGCUUCGAGAUCCGCGUGCCGGGGGCCGACGCGAACCCGUACUACGUACUGGCGGCCGUCCUGGCGCUGGGCUGGCGCGGCGUGGAGAAGAAGCUGGAGAUUCCCUGCCCGCCGCUCGGCAAGGGCGAGGACGUGGGCGGCUCGACGGAUAUGGGCGCCCGCCUGGCGCGGAGUCUGCGCGAGGCCAACGACAGGUUUAUGCGGGAGGGUAGUAUUGCGAGGGAGGUGUUUGGCGAUGACUUUGUUGAUCAUUACGGCGGGACGAGAGACCAUGAGAUCCGCCUGUGGGACGAGGCUGUUACUGACUGGGAGAUGAAGAGAUAUAUAGAGACGGUCUAAUAUUGGGAGGGGAACAGAUGGGUGUUUGGAAGGUGGCUUGGGCGGCUGGGCCUGGGAUUUAUGUUUACGACUACUAUGUCACGGAUAGGAGAUACCCCUUUGACGAGUCAAUGAUAUCAGUUCCAUGACGCA